AGAUUCAUUCAACAAUUCAGUCAGUUGUUGAUCCACAGCUAGGGUUGCUUCCAGCUAGACCAUAAAGCCAAUAUGCUAAAAUUUGUCUAAAGAACAAAAAAAGAACAAGAAAAAAGGAAAGAAGACAUAAGGGGCAAAAAAAAAAAGAAAACGUAAAUGAUGGCUGGAAAUUCUUUAGUCCAUGUAUCAACAAAUUCUACUGUGUUUCCUAUCAUAUCCGGUAGAAGAAAUGUGUUGGGGGAUCGUUUGUUGUGUGUAAGAACACCAAUGAGGCCUAAAAAUCAAACCUUUAGUGUCAAGGCAAUGUCUGCGAAUACGGGUCAUAGCCAAGAACAAGAGCAACAACCUGCAUCAUCUUCCGAGCAAAAAGGUCCGCUUUCUGUGAUUUUCGAUGUUCCAAGGAAUAUUUGGAGGCGAACAAUGCGGCCAUUGAGUGAUUUUGGGUUUGGAAGGAGGAGUAUCUGGGAAGGUGGGGUCGGGUUGUUUAUUGUUUCGGGUACAGUGUUGUUGGCACUCAGCUUGGUUUGGUUGAGAGGGUUUCAGUUGCGGUCUAGGUUCAGGAAGUAUUUGGCUGUGCUUCAGUUUGAGCAGGCUUGUGGCAUUUGCACUGGCACGCCUGUUAGAAUCAGAGGAGUGAAUAUUGGUAAUGUGAUUCGAGUCAAUCCCUCCUUGAGAAAUGUUGAAGCUGUUGUUGAGGUUGAAGAUGACAAGAUAAUAAUUCCUCGAAACUCGUUAGUUGAGGUGAACCAAUCUGGUCUUAUCAUGGAAACGAUGAUUGAUAUUACACCUCGAGAUCCAAUCCCAGUACCAUCUGUAGGGCCCCUGCAUCCGGAUUGUGCUAAAGAGGGUCUGAUAAUUUGCGACAGGCAAAAAAUAAAAGGAUACCAAGGGGUUAGUUUAGAUGCAUUAGUUGGAAUAUUCACACGUCUUGGCCGAGAGGCAGAAGAAAUUGGUUUGUCGAACACCUAUGCGCUGGCUGAGAGAGUUCUAUCUGUUGUUGAGGAGGCUCGGCCAUUGCUUACAAAGAUUAAUGCCAUGGCUGAGGAUGUCCAACCUUUGCUAGCUGAUGUUCGUGAUAGUGGCUUACUGAAGGAAGUUGAGAGUUUGACGAGAAGUUUGACACUAGCUUCUGAGGAUAUAAGGAGAGUACACUCCACGGUCAUGACUCCUGAGAACACUGAAUUGGUACGGAAGUCCAUAUAUACGCUGGUCUUCACCUUGAAGAAUAUUGAGAGCAUUAGCUCCGACAUUUUGGGAUUCACUGGUGAUGAACCUACUAGGCGCAACUUGAAAGUGCUUAUCAAAACGCUAAGCAGGUUAUUGUAAGGUUGGCAGAUGUUGAAUCAGAUAAAUGGCUUGCAAUAUUUGCCUAAGAGGUUCCAAGGGACCACGAAGCUUACUCUGUUUGGCAAUGAGAGACCCAUGGGGCUAUGUGUUACGUCGGGUUUAUGGCUUGUUUCUGCUAAUCCAGUCGCUAGUUUACAACUUUGAUCUGUAGGAUUUUUAGGUGUGAAGGCUUCCUUUUCAAAUUCCAUCUGUGUAAUGUCAUUGAAGAUUCUCUCAUUAGUAUGAGACUGAAAUUUGAUUCUUCUGUCACAUUGCUUUCAGUUUCCUAAUAUCAUUACUUGUCCAACCGAUAACACAUUUGUAUUAUUUUCAGUCUCAUGGAAAUUCCUAUAUAUGGUUUUUGAAAUUUA